AUGUUUAAUAUUCAAAAUUCUCCUAAUCCUAGUGAAAUAGGUUUAAGUUAAACUUUUUAGUUAUAAGCACCAUGUGUAACACAUUAAGGUUAGAAUAUAACUAAUUUCUGUAAACAGCCUAGUUGUUUAAUGCCUCUCUGUCCAAAAUGUAUUCCUUAACAUUUGGACAAACAUAGAUAAUAAGGUUAAUUUGCAGAUUUAGUCACAGUUGAUGAAAUGCAUGAAGAAACAUUACAACUAAUAAAUACUUAAUUAAAAAAUUUGAAUUAAGCCAUAUAAUUAUUAUAGUAAUUCAAAGAUUCAAAAACAGAUGCUCAUGGAUAAUUACACACAAAGCUUAACAAUGCUAAAUUGAGAGUAUAAUAAAUGGUGGAUUAAUUUUUUGAUGAAUUGUUAAAUGAAUUAGAUUAAGUCACAAAGUUAGAUAGAACAAAUUUAGAUGUUGAAUUAUAAUAAAUGGAAAGAUCGUUAAAUUUAAAAAUUCAAGAAAUUUAACAGAUAGAUUAAAAAUUAAGAACUCCUAAGUAUCUAAAACAAAUUAUACAAUUAUAAACUACAAAUUUCCUAUAAUAAACAUAAUAAUAGAGAGUUGAAUGUGAAGCAUUUAUUGAAGAAGUCUCAAAACAUACAUUAGAUAUUUAAAUAGAUGAAUAAGAAUUAUACUUUCUUAAAAUUCAAUUGGCAUAAUAUACAUCAAUAAAAAAUGUAGAGUAUUAUAAAAAUUAAUAAAUUUAACCUUCUUCAUCAAUUCCAAAAAAUACAGCUUAUAAUCAUCCAUAUUUAACAAGUGAAAUUUAAACAGCAUAAAUAGAACAAUCACCAUAUAAAAGAUUAGAAUAAUAAUGUAUAAUCUAUUAUUUAAUAUUUUAGUUUAAUAGACUAGUCUCUCCAAUUUUACUAUAAAUUUACCAGAUUUUUAUGAUCCUCUAUGUAGUUAAAAAUAUUUACAUUAUUUUACUGAUAAAUCAGUAUUUUUUUUAAAUUUAGAAUGGGUUUAGAAUCCAAGAUGGUAAGAAGUUAGAUUGAAUUGUUAAGUACCAUUAAAAAGUACUUCUGUACGAUCAUAAUCAGGAGAUAUAUUUGUGAUCGGUGGUUAUAUUGGAAAUUAAUUAAGCUCUUAAAUUUUUAAAUUAGAUCUGAAAUAAUAAACCUUAAUAUCUACUGAUCAAUUAUAAUAUCCUCGACAUUCUUCAUCUGGAGUAUUCUUAUAAAAUAAAUUAUACGUUCUUGGAGGAUAAAAUCAGAACGAAGAUUUAAAUACAAUAGAAAGUCUAGAAGUAUAAAUGAGUAAGGUGAGAUCUAUUAUCGAUACUAGAGUAAAUCUACCAAAAAUGAAUUAAGGUGGUGCUAAUUUAUCAGUUUGUACUUUUAGACAAUAUGUAAUUAAAGCAACUCCAUUAGAAGUAUUUGAUACUAAAUUAUUAAAAUGGAACUCUUUUAAUAUUAACAUAAAUAGAGGGGUUGGAUUAGUUGCUAUUAAUAAUUCUAAUGUCUUAAUUUUUGGAAAUGGAUAAUAUUAAUUAUUGAAAAUGAUGGAUUCAUAAAAUUUAUAAUUUACAAUUGAAAAUCUAACAAAUCCUCCUUAAAUUGGUCAAGUACAGAAUGGUAGUUUGAUUCAUUUAGGAAAAAUUUAUGCUGUAACAAACAGUUGUAACUUCAUUAUAGGAACACCUGAAAAAUGGAUAUUAUGA